AAAUUAAAAAAAAAACAGUAUUGUCAUCAAACUUUAUCACAAAUCUACAUUUGUACAUCUAUAAUUAUGAGUUGGACAAUUAAUUAAUUUGAUACAAUACCAAAACAAGAAUAAUUGAAAAACAACUAUACCACCGCAUACUAAUAAGUAACACAUAACAGAGAACCAAAUUCUUGAAUCUUAAAACAAAUUUCAACUCGAGCAUUUAGUGAAUAUCAAAUUAACUAAUAUCUCGUCCGUAGGACGGACCGACCCUAGUACAUGAUAAAGUGACGAGAUGAAUCCAUUAUGCGUAAUUAUCGGCCAAUUGCACUUCAAUUUAUUUUAUGCAUUUUUAGCUUUAAGGAUCAUGAGUUAUAAAUACUUUUAAAGGUAAGUUUCUCAAAUAUUUUUUUUUCUUACGUCGCAAAAAUUAUUCUAUUAAUUAAACCAGGUGACAUAGCAAUCUUCAAAAUAUAAAGUCUUUUGAGGACAUUUCUUCGUAAAGGUAGUCAAAUAUUUGUUUUGAUUUACAUCAAUUUUUAAUUUCUAAUUAUUUUAAUAUCAUAAAAUCCAUUUAAGUAUUUAUUUCUUUUAGGUCAGUUACGUUCAUUUGUUUGAGACCAGUUUUUUAUAUGAAUACUUGUUGGAUGUUGGAUAUUGAUAUCUCUCUUAUUAAAACAGAAUCAUUAUUAAAGACUAAAUCUUUUUGUAAGUUUUGAAAUUAAUAUACUCUCUACUAUAUAGUUAAAUUCAAUAUUCUAGUUAUGGAAAAUAACAUUAGACUACUAAAUCUGUUUUAAAACAACACAACAAAUGAUCAUGUGUCUAAACACUAUAAAACAUUAUGUCCUACUUUUUAAUAACUUUUUAUUUAUUUUUUAAAAUUAAUUGAUUUAAAACUUCUCAAAUAUUUUUAAAAUUUUUAUGGUUUAGUUGGUUAUUAUACCUAAAAAUAACAAAUAUUUUAUAUUCAAACUAUUUAAAGUUAUUCUAAGUAUGUAUUUUCAAAUAGGUAAAAAAUAAUUGGAUUGACCGAAUUUAACUAAAUCUAUUCAGGUUCAAGAUUUUGUGUAUACAUUAGUACAAAUACAACAAUAAACUUUUAAGAAAUUCUUAACUAUUCAUCAGUUUUCACCUUAAAUCUAAUUUAAUACUAGUUCUUUUUGUAUAUCAAUCUAGAGACAAACCGAUUAGAAACUUUCAAUUCGGAUUAAAGAUCCGUCCUGGACAAAUCCAAAUGAAACAAUGGUCUAAGGCUCCAAAUUCUUUGAAGAAAAAUCGAUAUAAACUCUUCAAAAAAAAAUUUGUAUCCCUAAAUUUGUAAAAAUAAAAAAUUAGUUAAAAUCUUUCAUAAAUCCUCUAUGGCUCUUUAAAUUUCAGAAUCAGUCCUGAUUCAGAGUCAGCUUAAUUAAGUUUUUUAGUCAAGAUAUUUUGACCAUACCUACUUGCUUAAUUGGUCAUUUCCCAUAAUUUCUUCUAAAUAUUCAACUUUGGAUCUUGCUGACAAUAAAAAAUUCAACUUUGGAUCUUCUGGAUUAAAAAAAAAAUACAAUUACAUUUCUUUGGGGAAUAAUAACAGUUACAGCUUUAGAAUAAUUGAUCAAAAAAACUUUGUUUCAAGUAUAUUAAUGAAUCCAUCUACACAUGUUUGGGUGUGUUGAAAAAGGUAAUUAUUUAAUUUUUAAAUGUCAAAAUAUUUAUUUAAUAAUUUAAUAUAGAUCAUUAGCCUUAACACUUGUAAACUCACGGGAAGUUCAAAGAGAAAAUCCGCUGCGGAAAGUUCCCAAGCGAAUGUUGUUGAUAGUGAGACUCGACCUGAAGGUAUCAAGGCUGCUAAAGCUAAAAAGACUAAUGGUCACGGGAGGUCUAUGGCUGAGGUUACCACCAUUUUGGAAAGGAGGAAGGAAGAUUUGGCGAUGAAGGAGAAACUUUCAAAGCUGGCCAUUCUAGACACACUGCUCGCCAGAAAUGAACCCCUUAGUGAGGCUGAAGAAGUGGUCAAGAAUAAGCUUCUAGCCGCUUAUUUCUGAGAACUAUUCCCUAGCUAUGUUUUAAAUUUAUAAAUUAUGUCCUAAGUUAUUUGUUUUAUCUUUAAAUUCCGUUCUAUGUCUUCAACUUGAUGAAUGUACUCCUUGUUUAUGGCAUUUUACUAUCGUUAUUAAUGAAUCAGUUAUGUUAAUCAUGCCUAUGUCUUGUUUACUUCCGCUUAUUUCACUUAUUAAUGAAUCAUUUUAAAAUCCUGUUUUGUGGUUAUGUUAAGCUUGUAUAUGUAUUAACCUUAUCAAUUUUUUUUUGCAGGUUAACAUGGGACUUGAUUACAGCUACUCUCAGCCUUCCUCAUCUGAGGCGUACGGUGACAAUGCAGCUGACAGUGGGUUCAGCGAAACAGAAGAGCUUAUUCGUCAGGACCAAGCUGAGCUUCACACACAGCGAACGACGGUUCAGUUCCCUCCUCAACCCGAGGUCGAGUUCGGAUUCCCUCAAACAUGUUACUGCGGUGCGCGUCCACUUCUUGCAACAUCUCUGAGUAGAAACAAUCAAGGGAGAUUAUACUAUACGUGUGCGAAUGUAGAUGAUGGUGAUUGCCAUGUAUGGAAAUGGUGGGACCAAGCUGUAAUGGAGGAGAUGAGAGCCCGGGAUUCUCACACUUCAGUUGGCUGAGAAGGUUGAUUAUCUUGCCGGUAUGAGUGACUACGGGACAGAGCUUAACCUUCUUAAGGAUCACCAAUACGAGACUGAGCAAAAACUGGUGAGGCUAGAUAAGAUCGUGUCCGACAUAGGUAAUAAGAAAUCAACCUCUUCCUUUGGCUUUGGCUUUCAAUACGUUGUAGGUCUACUCGUGAUUGUGGUAGUCAUAAUAGGCUGCUUAAUGGUUUGUUAGUCAUGGUCUCGUCUAUUUUACAUGAUCUAGGAUGUAUUAUGGAUUAUGUGUAAUGUGUAAUGUUAAGCUUAUGUAAUGACUUAAUUGGCGUUAUGUGUAAUGUAUCAAGUUUGAAUUAUUUAUGUGUAAUGCAUGUGGCUUUUGGUUUGACCCCGUGACUUACCUAUACUACCGACAUCUCCUUCCUCUCAAUAUGAUCCUGUGACUUUGUACUGAUAUUCACCAUCCCCUCUUUGCUAUCCCGUGAGUUUACAGCAGUCAGUAAAUACAAAAAUGCACCACUUCUCAAAUCCUAUAAUUAGAAGUGUGCGUUUAUUUCUUUGAAAAUCACCACUUCUCAAUCUAUUCUCAAAACAAUUUCUCUCCUUUAAAAAUUGUUUAUGGCAUCUUCUUCCCAUUAUCAUUAUCAUAAUGAUGAUGAUGAUGAUAAUGAAUUUGAAACUCUAGUUGAAGAAUGCUUUCAAAUCCCUGAUAAUAUUCCCGAACCAAAAGAGAGAAAAAAACGCAUUUAUAUUGAGAGAAACCGGGAAAAAGGUCACAUUCAGCUUUGGAAUGAUUACUUUUCUGAAACUCCAACAUAUCCUCCUAAUAUUUUCCGUCGGCGAUUUCGAAUGACCAAACCAUUGUUCUUGCGUAUUGUGCAUCGUCUCGCUACAGAAGUAGAGUAUUUUCAACAAUGCGAAGAUGCUGUCGGACGGGCUAGUCUAUCUCCGCUACAAAAAUGUACCGCUGCAAUUCGUCAAUUGGCGUAUGGUGGUGGGUCUGAUACAGUUGACGAGUAUGUACGAAUUGGUGAAACUACAGCUCGGAAAUGUUUGUAUCAAUUUACCGCCGGAAUUGUCCAGUUGUUUGGCGAUGAAUAUCUUAGACGUCCCACCCCGGAGGAUCUGGAAAGACUACUCCAUAUUGGAGAAGAACGUGGAUUUCCAGGGAUGGUUGGAAGCAUCGAUUGCAUGCAUUGGCAGUGGAAGAAUUGCCCCACCGCUUGGAAAGGUAUGUAUUCACGAGGAACCGAAAAACCAACAAUUGUGUUGGAGGCGGUAGCUUCACAGGACCUCUGGAUAUGGCACGCGUUUUUUGGAGCUCCAGGUACAAUGAACGAUCUUAAUAUUCUUGACCGUUCACCUGUUUUUGAUGAAAUUAUAAACGGAAACGCUCCGGAAGUCAAUUUCUAUGUCAACGGAACUGAGUACCAUUUGGGUUACUAUCUGGCGGAUGGUAUUUAUCCCAAAUGGGCUACUUUUAUUCAAUCUAUCCGACUCCCGCAAGGUCCAAAAAAUAGUUUAUUUGCUAAAAAACAAGAAGCCGUGCGAAAAGAUGUUGAGCGCGCCUUCGGAGUUCUGCAAGCAAGAUUCGCAGUUGUUAGAAAUCCAUCUAAUUUAUGGGAUAAAAAUAAAAUAGGAAAUAUUAUGAAAGCAUGUAUAAUACUUCAUAAUAUGAUUGUCGAAAAUGAACGAGGUUCAUACACUCAGCACGCUUCAGAAUUUCAACAAGGAGAAGAUGUGGAUCCUACAUUUGUAGUCAGGAGGAGUACAAAUCUCGGUACUAUAUUGGGUCGUCGAGCAGAAGUUCGGGAUAAACAAAGCCAUCAACAAUUAAAAAAAGAUUUGAUUGAAAAUAUAUGGGAUAAAUUUGGAAAUCUCCCGAAUAACUACGAUGUUUAGAAAAAUUUGGACGGAAAAAUAACUAAAUAAAAUGUAUGUUCCUGUUUUUUUUCAUGUUUGUAUUUUUUUUUCCAACUUUGUAAUUUUUUCAUAUUUUCAGUUUUAAUAAUGUUUUAUAUGUUUUAUUUUAAAUUUUCCUUUUAUAUGUCAUUACUUACUUAAAUAAAUAAUUAUUUAGCUAA